GUGUGCUCCAAGCGGAGGUGACAUUUGGCUCGAACACUUGGCAGCACCAUGAAGCCUGCAAUGGUCGGUCGAUGGCUCAUCGCCGUCAUCUUCGCCGCUGCUGCUUCUGCCAACGAUGCGUCCAUGGUCAUGGCCGACUCCUCGUACGUGGUCCGCCUCCAUGGAAGCGAGGCCGAAGCGCUGCGCCAAGUCAACACGAAGAGUCCGUUCGACGACGCGCCACCGGUCUCGACGCUGCCUGGGGAACCGAUGCCCAUGACGGCUAGCAACGGGAAACGCUACGUCUGCUAUGUACCCACUGUCUCGAGCGAAGAGCAUGACCCUGCGACGGACGUCAAGCAGACGCGUGUCGAAAUCGGCCGCGAGAUCGCCGAGAAGGUCCGCCCCAAAUGCCUCACGCACGCCGAUGUAAAAUCGCGCACGCUCUUCGAGGUGUGCCACUCCAAGGCGAUUCAUCGGGCUGACCUCCUCGAUGGAACCCAGCAUGCUGAUCCCGCAUCGCGCGCCAAGGUCGCUGACUACACGUCGGACGCGGAUCUCAAGCCGCUGGUCGAGUACAUGCGCAUCAAGCCGUCACCCAAGUCCCCCGAGGCGCAAUUUACGCCCGAGACGCUUUUGUACACGCAGUACUUUGGACCCAACAUUGCCGUGCAGUUUGCGUGCUCGGAUGCACCUGCGCUUGCAUUUCUGGGCCUGCACACGCCGACGCCGUCGUCGCCACUCACCGCAUUUCUCUUGGGCUCGCGCUCGUUUUGCCUGGACAAGUACGCCGAGAGCGCGCUGGAUUUGAGUGUCGACCACUUUCUCAAGCCACUCACGACCGCCAACACGUGCAUCAAGCGCACCGAAGGCUGGUGGACCUACGAAGUGUGCUUUGGCAACAAGAUUAGCCAAUUUCGGCGCGAAACUACGGGCGAAAUCACGGCCGAGUUCUCGCUCGGGCAGUGGAGCGCGGCGGCCAACGAUGCUCUCCAAGCCAACCACAAGGCCAUUCUCUCCGAGUUCAUGGAUGGCACGCACGACAAGGAGCAGCCGGCGUACGAAGAGAUUUACGACAGCGGCACACCGUGCGACGCCGUCGAUCGCUCGCGAAUGACGCGCCUCUUGCUGUUCUGCCCGACGCUCAAAACACAGCCUCCGUACAUCAUUAGCAUUCAGGAAACCUCCACGUGCAACUACAUGAUCAAGGUCGCGGCGCCGGCGGUGUGCGCGCACCCGCACUUCGCCAAAGAAGACCGGCGCCGCGCCGAGCUCGCCCAGGCGAUCCACUGUGUGCCAGACGUCGACGAUGUUGAGGAGGACGCCACCGAUGACGCGCCGCCAACCGCGCCGGUCCCGAACGCGAAGAGCCCGACGACGGCGAAAGACGAACUCUGAGCUCCACGUUAUAAGCUCUCUUAGCUCUGACCUUUUGUAAGCUUGGGCGCUGCCACGUCACGAGCCCUGGCAGCAGGUGUAAGGGCGCUUAAACUAGAGACUCG